UUACCCAUAGCUAUAGCAGCUCCUACUCCGGUAUCUGCUUUAGUUCAUUCUUCUACAUUAGUUACAGCAGGUAUUUACUUAAUAAUUCGAUUUAAUAAGAUUUUAAUUAAUAGGAUAAUAGAUAAAAUUUUAUUAUGUGUAUCAGUUUUUACUAUAUUUAUAUCAGGAUUAAUGGCAAAUUUAGAGAAUGAUUUAAAAAAAAUUAUUGCAUUAUCUACGUUAAGUCAAUUAGGUCUUAUAAUAAUAAUUUUAAGAUUAGGACUAAGUUAUUUAUCUUUUUAUCAUUUAUUAACUCAUGCAAUUUUUAAAUCAUUGUUAUUUAUAUGUGCUGGAAUUAUAAUUCAUUUAAUAAAUAAUAAUCAGGAUAUUCGAUUUUGUGGAAGUAUAAAUGAAUAUAUUCCAUUUACUAUAGUAAGUUUUUAUAUUUCAAGAAUGGCCUUAAUAGGGUUUCCAUUUUUAGCUGGGUUUUACUCUAAAGAUUUAAUUAUAGAGUCAAUUUAUUUGUUAAAAAUUAAUAUAUUUUUAUUGUUAAUAAUGAUUUUAUCUAUUUCUUUAACUGUAUCAUAUUCUUUACGAUUAUUUUAUUACAUUUAUUUUGGUGAAAAUAAUAGAGGGUGUAGGUAUUUUUAUUAUAAGGAAAGAAAAUUAAUAAAUUUUUCUAUAACUAUUUUAAUAAGAUUAAGCCUAUUUAGAGGUUCUUUAUUAACUUGAUUAUUUUUUUUUGAUAAUUAUUUUAUAUUAUUAAAAGUUAAUAUUAAAUUAUUAACAAUUUUUAUGUUAAUAUUAGGGAUUAUUUUAGGAAAUUUUUUAUAUUUAAAAAAUUUUAUAAAUUUAUAUUAUUAUAGAUUUUUUUUUAGAUCUAUGUGAUUUUUAAAUUAUAUAUUUAUAUGAAUUUAUAAACCAUUUUUUAAUUUAGGAAGUAAAAUAUAUGAAAUAGAUAAAAGUUGAGUUGAAUUUUCAAGAAAGAAUUUAGUUUUAAGGGUGGUUAAGGAGGUUAUGUUAAUAAAAAUAAAUUAUUAUAAAAUUUUUAUGUUUAUUUUUAUUGUAUUUUAUGUAUUAAUAAUUAUUUUUUUAAUUAUUUAGAAGUUUUAUUUAAUAUAUAUUAAAUU